AUGAAGAAAACUUCAGUCUAUAUAGCAAUAUUAGGGUUUCUGAUACUUAUGUGUUCAGUUCCUUUAUCAAGAUCUGAUUCAGCUCUAGAUAGUUUUAUCCAAUGCCUUAAUAAUCAAACUAAUCCGUCGUAUCCGAUUCUUGAAACCGUUUUUCUCCUUGGUAAUUCUUCAUUCAAUUCUACACUACAAGCUUACAUCAAAAACCUUAGAUUUUUAACCCCUACAACCCCAAGACCGCUUGCUAUUGUAGCUGCAAAGCAUGAAUCUCAUGUCCAAGCAACAGUUCUUUGCGCCAAGUCUCAUGACUUGCAAAUCCGAAUUCGGAGUGGUGGACAUGAUUACGAAGGUCUUUCGUAUACAUCUCAAGUGCCAUUUAUUGUUCUUGAUAUGUUCAAUCUUAGAGAAAUUGAUGUUCAAGUUGAUAAAGGCUAUGCAUGGGUUGAAUCUGGGGCAAUUCUUGGUGAACUGUACUAUAAGAUUGCGAACCAAAGCAAUGACACACUCGGUUUUCCUGCCGGAGUUUGCCCUACUCUUGGUGCUGGAGGUCACAUUAGCGGUGGCGGAUAUGGAAACUUGAUGAGAAAAUAUGGAUUAUCCGUCGAUAAUAUCGUUGAUGCCAAAAUAGUUGAUGUCAACGGUAGAAUCAUGGAUAGAACAUCAAUGGGAGAAGAUUUAUUUUGGGCGAUACGAGGCGGUGGAGGAGCAAGCUUCGGUGUUAUUCUUUCAUGGAAGAUCAAUUUAGUUCAAGUUCCUAAUCCGGUUACCGUAUUUCGGGUUGGCAGAAAACUGGAUGAAGGAGCAACCGAUAUUUUCUAUAAGUGGCAACAAGUUGCUACAAAAUUAGAUAACGAUCUUUUCAUAAGAGUAAUGCCAAUAGCUUCUAACGGUAGCAUUGAAGUAUUUUUUAUUGGGCAGUUUCUCGGAAAAAUCGAUAGACUUCUUCCAUUGAUGAACACGAGCUUUCCCGAAUUAGGGUUACAACGACGGGAUUGUCAUGAAAUGAAAUGGAUCGAAUCGAUACUUUUUUGGGCAGAAUUCCCUAAUGGAACAUCCAUUGAUGUUUUACUCGAUAGGCCCCCUAAGUCACCAAUCUUUUUAAAAUCUAAAUCUGAUUAUGUAAAAGAUGUGAUCCCUAAAUCAAGUAUAGAUGAGAUAUGGAAAUUGAUGAUCAAAGUAGGGGAAAUGUGGAUACAAUUUAACCCGUACGGAGGAAAAAUGAGUGAGAUUUCCGAUUGCGCAACGCCUUUUCCACAUCGAGCUGGAAACAUAUGCUUGAUACAAUAUGGAUUAGUGUGGAUAGAAGAAGGGAUUAUAGAAAAUAAAUUAAAUUCUUCAAGAGAAAUGUAUGAAUCAAUGGCUCCAUUUGUUAGUAAGAAUCCAAGGGAAGCAUUACAGAACUAUAGAGAUCUUGACAUCGGUAGCAAUCCAAGUAAUGUCACAGACUUUAAAGAAGCUGAAAUUUAUGGGCAUAAGUAUUUUAAAAAUAACUUCUUAAGGUUGACCAAGGUGAAGGCUAAGGUUGAUCCAGAUAAUUUCUUUAAGCAUGAACAAAGUAUUCCACCUUUUGUCGUAAAAGAAGAGAGAUAA